AAUUGACAGUGGUUUGAGGACUUAGAGGUUAAGUUUUCAAAAAUGAGCGAAGAAAACAUUUCGGAUUUUUUAAAUAAUUACCCAAAAACUGUCAAAAGUGAAACUGGGGAAAAAGCAGCUGCGAUUCAAAGGAAAUGUUUGGCUCAAGUGUACAACCAUUCAUUGGGAACAUUGGAUGACGAAAGUGUUUGUUAUUUAUUGGAAAAACACUUGCACAAAUAUAGCGACCUAGUCGAUGGAGAUAAUAAAAGAAGUGAUCGAAUCAAAAAAGUCCUUCAAGACAACAAUUUUCAAUACCCUGUUAAUCUGGAAAGUAAUUUAUCAAAAAUCGAUUUCAAGUCAUUAUUAUCGAGCCCUAAAUCAGAAAAUCUGUCCGAUUUUGACAGUUUCAAAGAGUGUUUUCGCAAAAAGCCCCAAAAGCCGGUCUUCGAACACCAAAAAACAGCCAAGUCUUUCGCCCCGCAUCACCUCCCCCGUGCUUGUUCCGAGGAAUUACCCAAAACCUCCUUCAAAACCGCCACUGACGAAUUCCACAGUCAAAAUUCGAGAAAAUGGGGCUCCGGGGGCCAAAAACGCAAACUUGGCCUCAGUAGAAACAACAACAACAAAUUCGUGCCCCCUUUGCUAAUCAACCGCCCGGUUGAGGAGCCCAAACCGGAAGUCGACGACCGUUUGAAGAACAUCGACCCAAAAAUGGUCGAAUUGAUCAAAUCCGAAAUAAUGGACAUUGGCACAACGGUCGAAUGGGGCGACAUCGCCGGCCUCGAAUUCGCCAAAACCGCCAUCCAGGAGGCCGUAGUGUGGCCCAUGCUGCGUCCUGACAUCUUCACCGGGCUGCGGCGCCCCCCAAAAGGCAUCCUCCUGUUCGGGCCCCCCGGCACUGGCAAGACUCUGAUCGGGAAAUGCGUGGCGUCCCAAAGCAAAUCGACCUUUUUCAGCAUCAGCGCCUCCUCGUUGACCUCAAAAUGGGUAGGGGAUGGGGAGAAAAUGGUGAGGGCGUUGUUCGCAGUCGCGAGGUGUCACCAACCUUCUGUUAUUUUCAUCGAUGAAAUUGACUCGUUGUUGACUCAGAGGAACGAAACUGAGCAUGAGAGUUCGAGGAGGAUCAAAACUGAGUUUUUGGUACAGCUAGAUGGCGCCACUACUGACAGUGAGGAACGGUUGUUGGUGAUUGGGGCCACGAAUCGGCCCCAGGAGCUCGACGAGGCGGCAAGGAGGAGGUUUGUGAAACGGUUGUAUAUACCCUUACCCGAAAAUGAGGCGCGUCUACAAUUGGUCACUAGAUUAAUCUCAAAAGAACGACAUGAUCUAGACAGGGAUGAUCUUGCUAGAGUUGCGCAGUUGUCAGAGGGAUACUCAGGGGCUGACAUAAGAAAUUUGUGCUCGGAGGCGUCCCUGGGCCCCAUUAGGUCGAUUGAUAUGAGGAUGAUUGAAAAAAUCCAAGCUGAUGAGGUUCGCCCUUUAACAAUGGACGACUUUCACAAAGCUUUCGCUAGAGUUAAAUCGAGUGUUUCCCCUAAAGAUCUAGAACAAUAUAUUAUCUGGGAUAAAACGUUUGGUUCAGGUUUAUGAAAUGUUGCGUCAGGAAUUUAAAUAAAAAAUUA